AUGCUUGUCGACAAUCCCCUCUUUCAACCAUCCUAUCUCGCUCCUGGGUCCUCAAAUAUGUUCCCAGAACUCACUGAUAUCAGUGACAUUUUUGAAGUCGAUGCCUUCAACAAUAACUUUGCUUCCUUCUCUGCCCACUCGUCGUCGCCCUCGGGCUCCAGAGGCUCCACACCACAGCAUCUUUUAACGCCUCCCCAGGAGCCACCCGUAGCGUCGUUUCCCGACGUGCACGACGGAGACAACUCUCAGAGCAAUGGCUUCAACCUUUUUGACGACAAUGACUCCAAGGCCAUCGAUCCCUUCAUGUCCACGCCGAUUGACUUCAUGGGCAUGGGGGGCUUCGAAUACGGCGGUGGAGUUGGUAACUACAACGGUCUCACCCUAGGCGGAUAUUCAAUGCCAAUGGACAUGUCAACGAUGGUUGGCCUCCCCAUCCUCCCAGAGGAGACAAUGCAGACUAGGGGUAUCGAUCCGCAGCUCGUCGACACGCCCUCAGCCAUCAGUGAUCACGGCGAGGAUGAGUCAGAUGAGAAGGAAUCCCCCAGCUCGCCGCCUGAGGAACAGAAAGAACAGGAAAAGCCCACUAUUGUCAUUGCGCCCGUCAAGGUCGGAGGUCACGGAAAGGCUCGAAAAGGAACUGUGCAGAGCGGGGGCGUGGUGAAGAAGGUCGCGUCUUCGUCAGCCAGCAAAGAGAAGGAGAAUUCUACUUCCGUCUCGUCUGCCGGUUCCAAGAAGGCCACUCAGCCCAAGCCCGCUGUGGCUUCCACUUCCACUUCCACUUCCACUCUUUCCAAGACUUCCACACCCGGUCCUUUCCUCACCACAGCUGGCUCAGUCAGGGCUGAGAGUGAGGCUGGAGACGCCGAAGACGAAGAUGACUUGCCUCAGGAUUGGCGACCUUCCCCAGAAGUCUUCGCCAAGAUGACUAGUAAGGAAAAACGUCAAUUGCGAAAUAAGAUCAGUGCAAGGAACUUCCGUGUUCGCCGAAAGGAAUACAUCUCUACCCUCGAGGGUGAUAUUGCCGAACGAGAUCGCAUGCUCGACCAUUUCCGCACGCAACUGGGUUCUCAGGAAUCGGAAAAUCUUGCUCUACGUCAGGAAAUCGCCGCCUUGAAGAAGGCUCUCCUCGAAGGACGCGGUGGCCCUAUCAAUCUCCCACCUCCUGCUCCGUUACCCGAGCAGAGUGCCGCUCAGACCUUGGCGGCUUCUGCCGCAGCUUCGGCUUCCACCUCCUCGUCCACAUCGACUUCCAGCGUCCUCACCUCGCGCCCCAGCACACCUCUGGUCACCGCCAAUACGCAGAAGGAUCUGCCAUCGUCGCCACGGAUGGGCAACCGCUUCUGGGGUGGUGUUGGCAUCGGCGGUGGUUUCACCCCUGUGCACACGACUCUUGUGCCGGACAUCAGUACUGUCGUGCGCAAGGGUCUACAGGAGAACAUGAACCCGGCGCUCAACGCAAACCCGGGGCUCAGUGGGGUCGGCGCCGGCCUCGGGGCUUCCAAGGGCUUGAACGGAUUUGAUGGCUUUGCGGACUUGAAUCCAUUUACAAUGAAGACUCUCGAUGCGUACCGUAUGCAUCUUUGGGGAAAAAUGGCUGCACAGCAGCAUAUGCACCAGCAAAACCAGCAAGCACAGCAGCAACAGCAAAAUCAGCACCAGCAAGCUUCUGGGCUUGCAGGGAGCAUGCGCCCACAUUUCUUCACUCCCUCGAGCAAAUCCGCUGCUGUUUCUUCACCGUCGCUCCCAAGCUCGAGCUACGGCUCUACUCUCAGCGCACUGCUCUCGGGCAAGCACACAUCGCCCGCAUCCUCGUACCCGAGCCCACCGACGUCACCGCUUAUCAACGGCAAAGUUAUUGCUUCCACCUCUGCAAGGGACCGCGAGGCGCAUCAGCAACGCGAGAAGGAGCAGCAGCAGGCCGUGCUGGCUGCCAUGGCGAGCCAGACGAUCCUGCGCAAGCUCGGUUCAGCGUUCUGGGACGCGUUCACUGGAUCGUCUUCGUCUUCUCUCGGUUCUUCAUCUUCCUCUGCCAGCUCAUCGGGAUCGAGUGCGAACUGGGACGCGGAUAAGGUGCAGCGUGUGCUUUCGGGCAAAGCUGUGCUGCGCGUUGUGGAUGUUGAGCCUGCUACGCCUCCUGCGUCGCCCAGUCUGCGCGCUGUGUCCACGACGGCGGCUAGUUCGCCUAUGUUGAGAGCGCAACAGCAGCAGCAGGAUGACGCGAAGAAGGCGAGCUGCACGGCGUGUUUGACGGAUAUUCUGGAGGAGAGUAUGCGGAGUCUGACGUUGAAUAAGAAGAUGUGA